UGUCAGGCCUUUGUCGUCAAAUUCUCUUAGGGGUGGGACAUCCUGCAGUUGUACGAUUCUGGAUUGGCUGAUGCUCUUCAGACCGGGAACAUUUUAAAAGUAACUGGGUGUGUGCAGUUUAUGGAUGUGUUAAUAGAACAGUGCGGUAACGUUUGUGCUAACGUUUGUCAAACUUCGAAGCCCAUUAAAAAACAAGUAUUUACCUGGCAAAGUAUCAGGUAGUUCAUUGUAAUUCUUAAUGGAGCAAGAAGCACUGGCAACUCACUCAGCUGGAACAAGCAACACUGGAAGCGACAUGACGGACAUCAUGGUGGUGGAUUUGGAGUCAUUUGUUCACGUUGAACUCGACAUGGAAAACAACAACGGGAUUUCUGAAGUGGGAAAUAAUUUGUCUGGUUUGAAUGAAGCUCUGUUUUUGAAUGAAGAGGAGGAUGAAGAUGAGAGUGGCGAUGACAGCGGCACUGACCAUUUUAACUCUGAGAAGUCGGGCACUCGGCUGCAGAGGAGUGAGCGUCCUGCAGGAGAGAACUCUAAUGUGCCCGACACCUUCCAGACCAGCCACCUGCUGUUCUACGAGAGGUUCAGGGCCUACCAGGACUACAUGCUGGGAGACUGUAAGCCAUCGGAGGUGAAGGCGUUCACAGCAGACUAUCUGGAGAAGGUAGUGGAGCCGUGUGAUUGGUUGGCUCUGUGGUCUACUGAUGUCUUUGACGUCCUGGUGGAGGUGUGUGACGUGGACUUCAAGGAUCUGAAGGCCUGUGUGCGGCUGGUGCUGCCUCUGCAGUGCGACACCCGGGGCUGUGACCUCACCGAGGAGGCCAUGAAGGUCCUGCUGGGUGCCUCCGGAGACAAAGUCCCCCUGCAGCAGCUGCAGGUGGUCUACGUGCUCUCUGGGGACUUUGAUCAGACCGCCCUCGCUGUGGAGCACCUCAGGUUUUUCUACGACCACAUCUGGAGGCAGUGGGAUGAGGAAGACGAAGAUGACUUUGACUACUUUGUUCGUUGUGUGGAGCCUCGUCUCAGGCUAUAUUACGACAUCUUGGAGGACAGAGUGCCAGCCGGCCUGGUGGCAGAGUACCAGUCCUUACUGCAGAGCUGCUCCCAGUGCUUCCAGCAGUUCACCGUGCUGCGCAGCGGCCUCAGCACCGACUCGGACUCAGAGCUGGACAACGUGUCCAUGGUGGAGGGCCUGCAGCUCUACGACCAGCUCGAGACGCUCAGGCGCAAGCUGCACAUCUUCGAGAACCCCCUGCUGAGGUACGUGCUGGGCUACAAAGGGAACGUCCCCCAGCAGUGUGUGCAGAGCCGGGGGCCGCGGGCCUCAGGAGUGAAGGGGGUGCAUGUGGUCACAGCCUCCUGCAGCAGCAUGCAGCUGCAGAGCCUCCUCUCUGACAGACUGCUGCCUCUGUGCUGCUCUGAGGACACAGAGAUCCAGUUCCAUAGAGACCCCCUGUCAGCGGUGGAGGUGUGCCAUGAGGGGGACGUGGUCAUUGUUCUGCCAGGGGUGUACACUGUCAGCCGCUCCAUCUUCCUGCCAGACUCCAUCACUAUAGAAGGCUUCGGGCUCCCUGAUGAGGUGGUGAUUGAGAAGAAAAACAAGGGCGACUCCUUUGUGGAGUCCACAGGCGCUAACGUGAGCCUGUCCAACAUCAAGUUCAUCCAACACGACGCCAUUGAGGGAAUUCUGUGUGUGCGUCAGGGCACAGUUCACAUGGAGAACUGUGUGCUGCAGUGUGAGACCACCGGAGUGAUCGUGCGGAACUCUGCCCGCCUCACCAUGAACAUGUGUGACCUCUACGGCUCCAAGGGGGCUGGUGUGGAGAUUUACCCCGGCAGUGUGUGCAGUCUGGUGGGUAACGGCAUCCAUCACUGUAAAGACGGGAUCCUCAUCAAGGACUUUGCUGAUGAGCUCGAUGUGAUGCCGUCCAUCACCAUGGAAAACAAUGUGAUCCACAACAACGAGGGCUACGGGGUGAUUCUAGUGAAGGCCAACAGCGGAGAACAGCAGGGAGUCCCUGCGGACCGAAGUGAAGAAGAACCCACUGGCCCUGCAGACUCUCAGCCGGGGGGGUCUGCUGCUCUCCUCUCCUCCAGCUCUUCAGCACAGAGCGAGUCCACUGAGGCUCGGCCCGACUCGGAGAGCAGCAGCACCGACGCAGCCUCCAGCUCCGGCAGGAAGUGGCACUUCAGCCGGCAGCUGAGCAGGAGCAAGGAGCCGUCGUGCAGCCGGGCCGUGCAGGACCUGAUGCAGCACCAGAUCUUCGUCUCCAUCCAGGGGAACCAGUUCCGGCGCAACGGCAUGGGCGACUUCGGAACUUUCUUCUACUGACGGACAGCUUUGUUUUUUAAGAUGAUUUUUAUUUUUUAUUUUGUCAUGAAUGAAAUACUGCUGACUCACUCUGCCCACGGAGGUGUUCUGCAGAGAUGGAGAUCAUGCUCCUGUAAUCCUUCGGAGUUUUUAAAAGCUCUCUGACUUCGGCCUGUUUGUAAAUUGAUCCCCAUGUUUGCACAAAUGCUUUUAUCUUAUUUAUUCCUCGGACUAAUGACGCCUAAUAUUUUUUACAUUUUUAAUGGAAGUUCACUUGUCACUUUGAAUGCAGUUGUGUUGGUUUCACUUCAGAUCUGAUACAUGUUGUUACCUUGAGGUGGUGGCUUGGUGAAGGGAGUGCACAGUUUGAGUUCACACAGGUUCCUUGUUUUCUUUUGUGCACAUAUGAGAUUUCCACACAGUGCCUCAGUCUUUUUUUUAAACUUUGAUGUAUGUUAUGGUUGUGCGAAGUCCAAAGGAUUACAAGCUGUGGUAUUAAAAAAUCAAGUUUUAAAA